AUGGAGCCGGGACCGAUCGCCGAGACGGACGAUGGUCCUUCGCAGAGGCUCCUUUCCAUCCUCGUGAAGGAUGUGAUGAAGGAGUGGGAUGAGGUCCCCGCGUUGGCCUCCUUGGCCAUGAAUGACAAGUGUUUUGUUCAAUGGCCGGCUGAUGGCAAAGGGCAGAAGCGCAUCCCAACGGCGCUGGCUUGCAAAUUGAAUGAAGCACUUCUUGCUCCGAUCGUGGGCCGCAACCUCCAGCAUUAUGCCCUGCUGUAUGUCAAUGUCUUGGAAUCCAUGAUGUCUUCCUUUCGUGUGCAGAUCAAGAUGAGACACCUCAAUGUCGCGAAGAAGGAGGUGAAGAUCGAUGCUGGUUGCAUCAACCCAGAUGCUCAUGCCAUCAAGGCACUGGUGUGUUGCCAUCGCCGACUCGCUGAUCGUUCUGAUAAUCAGCGAGAUGUGGAUGUGCAGAGGCUUACUGCAUCACAGCUGCAAUCAGACAUUUAUGCAUCGGGCUUGCAUGAUUUUCUCAUGCAUGCAGUUGUGGUGUGGAAUAAAUGGGUGUUGAAGGUGAGGCUUCGAGAGGUGGCACGGCAGAUGGAGGCCAAUGAAGUGCCCUAUGUCAUCAAGAUUUGCAGCGGCAUGGAUCCCGAAGCGCUGGAGGUGCAGAACCGCAUUCGGGCCCUUUGGAAGAAAAGGAAGUCUGCUGAAGCCUUUCCUGAGGGUGGCGAUUUGGCAUUGGCGGAUGCAGGUGGAGUUGCAGCGGAGGUGCCUGCGAUUGCAGGUGCGGGAGCUCCGCCUGCUGAGCCUGAGCAGGAGAUGCCUCCGCUGAUGGAUUCGCUGCAUCGCGAAGUGGCAGAUGAGGCAGUGGAAUUUCCGCCUGUCCAAGAUGCCCAAGACUAUGUGAUGCCGGACACCUUCACCCAGCCAGAUGAUGAGUUGGAUGGUGGAUGUUUGGAUGCCCCAGCGGCUUCGAGCAGUGACCUUGCCCCCGCGGCUUCGAGCAGUGACCUUGCCCCGGCGGCUUCGAGCAGUGACCGUGCCCCGGCUUCGAGCAGUGAGCAGCUGGAGACUGUCCAUGAAAGGUUUGAUCGACUCUCACGGCUCUAUGGCUAUGGUGCAGCCUUGAUGCUGUGUGGGGCUGUGCAAGAGGGUGCUCACUACGAUCCCUAUGUGGGCCAGUGGAAGACAUUGGAUGGUUUGGUGUGCCCUUAUUUGCCUGCGACCGGAUCUUCCGCUGAGCAUGAAGAGAUGCCGAUGGUGCCCGAGAUGCAGGUGAUGCCAGAGCCGGUUGCAAGUGGUGGGCAUGGCCUGGAUGACCCCAUCUUUGGGGAGAUCAGUGUUUCCUCAGGCUUGCCUGAGACUCCGGAGCGUGUGGAAGCAGCUCCUGAUGCAGCAGAGGAUUCGCAUGCAGGCCCAGCAUCUGUCGAUGAAGUCAAGCAGCACCUUCUCGCGAAGUUGCACGCGCAAAGGGAGAGGAUCAUGCUUGGAUCCAUGGUGGAUAAUGUGGACACCUGUCCGAUGCUUCCAGCUGAAGCCGGAGAGCUUGAAGAGACAGAGGCCUUCCCCAGCCAGAUCAGCAUCGAGGACACGCCGGAGCAUGGCAAGCCGACCCUUGCCUUCAGCAAGCAUCUUCAUAUUGCAAUGGUAUAUAGAGCAUGA